AUGAAGGCAUCACAGUAUCUUUCCGUCCUGACGAUUGUCACUAUUACCGCUGCUGCACCGGCACCGGCACCAAAAGCGGAAGGCCGCUACGUCCAGAGACGAGCCGAAGCCGCGGACUACAUCUAUCCCAUCCCUGCGGCCGAUGCCCCAGAGAAACGCGCUGAAGCUGCAGACUACAUCUACCCUAUCCCUGCGGCCGAUACUCCAGAGAAGCGUGCCGAAGCUGCGGAUUACAUCUAUCCCAUCCCUGCGGCUGACGCCCCUGAGACAAAAUAA